AUGGGCCUGUCACCAAGGGACUCGGUGCAGCUCAGGGAGACUCUACAAAUAGCAGUGGUGAAGUGCUCCGAACGAUGUCUCUACCAGUCUGCUAAAUGGGCCGCAGAGAUCCUCGAUGCGCUUCCAGAACCCGACCUUGAUACCAUGUCGGAUGCGCCAGGAAACAAUGUACAUCCCGUCUUCGCGCCCAAUCCUGACCCUGUUGAGGCCGAUCUGGAAGCUCAGGAGCUCGGCCGGUAUCUGCUAGCAAAGUCGUACUUUGAUUGCAAGGAAUUUGAACGAUGCGCCACCGUCUUCCUCCCGGAGCCCCUUCUAGCCAGCCUCUUGGGGACCAACCCGAACGAGGUCGCAAACCCCAAGGGCAAGGGCAAAGCUAAAGCGAUUUCAGCGUCCUCUCCCGAAAACAGCCUGCCUGCGAUUAGCCAAAAGAGCAUGUUUUUGGCUCUGUACGCCAAAGUCAUAGCGGGAGAAAAGCACAAGGACGAGGACACGGAGAUGAUCAUGGGGCCCCAGGACUCGGGGUCCGUCAUCAACAAGCAACUGGUGAUCGUCAGCCGCUUUCUCACCAAGUGGUUUGCCCAACGAAAAGAUGAUGAUGGUGACUAUCCGGCCAGCCAAGGAUUUCUCGAGUACCUGUAUGGCAUGGUCCUAGCGAAGGAGAAGAAUGAUAAUCUAGCCUUGGAUUAUCUGAUGCAGAGCGUACAUUUGUUCCCUUGGAACUGGGGCGCUUGGCUGGAGAUCACGAACCUCGUUUCGAGGGCCGAACAGGGGCCAGAACUUGCCUCCUCGUUAAACGAUCUUCUCGGCAUCUUUCCCACUUCAUCCUUCCUCAUGACCUGCAAGGCAUUGCUGUGUUAUCACUCCAAAGACCUGUUCGCCGCUGAACAGGAAUUCAACAAGGUGUUGGCCCUCCACCCGCAACGACUCGACUCGCUCGACCACUACUCCAACAUACUGUACGUUCUAAACCGGCGCCCCAAGCUCGCUUUCCUGGCCCACCUCUGCUCCAACAUCGACAAGUUCCGACCCGAAUCCUGCGUCGUGAUUGGAAAUUACUACUCGCUGCUCUCGCUUCACGAAAAGGCGGUGCAAUACUUCCGCCGAGCUCUUACGCUGGACCGCUCCUGCCUCUCAGCGUGGACCCUCAUGGGCCACGAAUACGUCGAGCUCAAGAACACCCACGCGGCCAUUGAGUCGUACCGCCGUGCAGUCGACGUCAACCGGCGGGAUUACCGCGCUUGGUACGGCCUUGGCCAGACGUACGAGGUACUUGAGAUGCACGCGUACGCGCUCUGGUAUUAUAAAAAGGCUGCGGGCCUUCGACCGUGGGACUCUAAGAUGUGGCAGGCCGUCGGCUCGUGCCUGCAGAAGAUGGGCCGCGACCGCGACGGCAUUAAGGCCCUCAAGCGCGCCCUGCUGGCCGAUAGCUACUAUGACACCACGGCGGCGAGCAGCUUUGGCAGCGCCGGCCCCGUCGACCGGAUGUCACAGAUGGACCCGGAGGUGCUGCUGCAGAUCGCCACCAUGUACGACCGCCUCGACGAGGUGGACGAGGCCAAGGCAUACAUGGAGCUCUGCCUAGCGCAAGAAGAAGGGGCCGCAGGCGCCGAAGAUGGCGGCGGCGGUGGCGGCAGUGGCGGUCUCUCGCUGGGCGACUCCAUCGCCAUCCACAACGACGCGCCAGGGUCGGACGGCGAAGGCAACGGGGCGGACGGCGCGGCGGGACCCGACAGCGGGACGGGGGUGACGUUCGCGACCAGCAAGGCGCGCAUGUGGCUGGCGCGGCACGCGAUGCGGGCCGACGACUUCGACACGGCCAACCGGCUGGCGAUGGAGCUCUGCCAGGACGGCAUCGAGGUCGAGGAGGCGAAAGCGCUCAUGCGCGAGGCCCGCUCGAGGAUGGAGCUCGCGGAUAUGGUGGAGCGCUAG